GCUGAAUAAGGCCACUUUCAGGGUUGGGAGACUAACGAGUAUUUUAAGAUUGCGACUGGAUGCGAAAGACCGCUGUGCACUUCCACAUGCAUCAAACACCAAGUCUUCUCUGAGGCGGCCUGAAGGAUUAUGGAAUGAAGGAAUAUGGAACCACGUGAUGAAUGAGACUGUGAUUGUGGCUGCCUGAGACGGAAUGUGGGAAAGGUCGUGUGGGUGUUAAGACUGUUUUCGAGAGGGUAAAAAUAUUUGUGACUCUGAUAAAGGCACUGGGAUGGCUGCUGCCGAGUCGGUGUUGCCCCGGAGGCCCCUGGCCAGGCCUGAGCCUCUGCCACCAUGGCCAUUGUGCACACUCUGCCAUUGCCACUGGAACCCGUACGUGAGACAGCCACUGCCCCACAAGCUCCAGCAAUGGGUAGUGUGAGCAGUCUUAUCUCAGGCCGGCCCUGUCCCGGGGGACCUGCCCCUCCACGCCACCAUGGUGCCCCUGGGCCCACCCUCUUCCGCCAGCAGGACGGGCUGCUGCGGGGUGGCUGCGAGGCACAGGAACCGCUCUGCCCAGCUGCGCCACCCAGGAAGGCUGUCCCGUGCGCCAGCUUUACCUAUGUCAAUGAGGACUUCCGGACAGAGUCACCGCCCAGCCCAAGCAGCGAUGCUGAAGAUCCCCGAGAUCAGCGGGCACACAAUGCCCACCUUCGUGGGCCCCCACCAAAGCUCGUCCCCGUCUCUGGAAAGCUGGAGAAGAACAUGGAGAAAAUCCUGAUCCGGCCAACAGCCUUCAAGCCAGUGCUACCCAAACCUCGGGGGGCACCACCCCUGCCUGGCUUCCUGGGUCCUCGAGCUGCGCUAUCUGGGAGCCAGGGCAGCCUGACACAGCUGUUUGGGGGGCCAGCCUCCUCCUCCUCUUCCUCCUCUUCCUCCUCUGCUGCUGACAAACCCUUGGCACUGAGUGGCUGGGCCAGUGGCUGCCCAUCGGGAACGCUGUCAGACUCUGGCCGAAAUUCUUUGUCCAGCUUGCCCACCUACAGCACCGGAGGUGCUGAGCCGACCACCAGCUCCCCAGGCGGGCACCUGCCCUCCCACGGCCCUGGCCGAGGGGCACUGCCUGGUCCAGCCCGAGGGGUCCCUACUGGGCCCUCCCAUUCGGACAGUGGCCGUUCCUCCUCCAGCAAAAGCACAGGUUCUCUGGGGGGCCGUGUAGCUGGGGGGCUCUUGGGCAGUGGUGCCCGGGCCUCCCCUGGCGGCAGUUCAGGUGGAGACCACUCUCCGCCCCCUCCGCCCCCACCUCCCCCUUCGGAUGAGGCCUUGCUACACUGUGUCCUGGAAGGGAAGCUUCGAGACCGAGAGGCAGAGCUACAGCAGCUGCGGGACAGUAUGGAUGAGAGUGAGGCAACCGUGUGUCAGGCAUUUGGGGCCCGGCAGCGGCACUGGCCACGAGAGCGAGAGGACUGUGCGGCCCCGGCGCAGCAGGCCACACAGCGCGUGCAGCGCGCCCAACAGCUGCUGCAACUGCAGGUGUUCCAGCUGCAGCAGGAGAAGCGCCAGCUGCAGGAUGACUUCGCACAGCUGCUGCAGGAGCGAGAGCAGCUGGAGCGCCGCUGCGCUACCUUUGAGCGGGAGCAGCGGGAGCUUGGGCCGCGGCUGGAGGAGACCAAAUGGGAGGUGUGCCAAAAGUCAGGCGAGAUCUCCCUGCUGAAGCAGCAGCUGAAGGAAUCUCAGGCAGAGCUGGUACAGAAGGGCAGUGAGCUGGUGGCGCUGCGGGUGGCCCUGCGGGAGGCCCGGGCUGCUUUGCGGGUCAGUGAAGGCCGUGCCAGGGGCCUACAGGAGGCAGCCCGGGCCCGGGAGUUGGAGCUGGAAACCUGCUCCCAGGAGCUACAGCGUUACCGCCAGGAGGCCGAUCGGCUCCGGGAGAAGGCUGGCCAUUUGGAUGCUGAAGCAGCGGGCCUCCGGGAGCCCCCUGCCACCACCGACCCAUUCCUCCUGGCAGAGAGUGACGAGGCUAAGGUGCAGCGGGCAGCAGCCGGGGCAGGGGGCAGCCUGCGGGCUCAGGUGGAGCGGCUGCGCCGGGAGCUGCAGCGGGAGCAGCGGCGAGGGGAUGAGCAGCGGGACAGCUUUGAGGGGGAGCGGCUGGCCUGGCAGGCGGAGAAAGAGCAGGUGAUCCGCUACCAGAAGCAGCUGCAGCACAACUACAUCCAGAUGUGCCGGCGGAACAGGCAGCUGGAGCAGGAACUGCAGCAGCUGAGCCUGGAGCUGGAGGCCCGAGAGCUUGCUGACUUGGGCCUGGCUGAGCCAGCCCCUUGCAUCUGUCUGGAGGAGAUCACUGCCACCGAAAUCUAGGGCAUCAUAAGGGGUUCAAGCCACGGGACCACCUGGGUCCCAGGAUCCGCUGAGUGCUCCAGGUCUCAGAGCCAAAGGGCCUCUGCCAAGCAUUCAGGUGGCCCUAUGACUUGGGGGGAGCAAGCUCAGACCCCUGAAGUUCCAUUUCGCUGUCGCUACUCUGCCAUUUCACUCCCCAGCUGCCAGUGCCACUGCCAGCCCUGUUAACCCCAGAUGUUUGCCAGCCCACUCCAGCUGGAUAGAGAAAGGGACUACCCGUCUCCACACUCUACCUGCCCGAAGCCAGAGAGAGCCAGAUGGCAUCAGCUGCUCCAGAUGUGCCUCCUGUCCUCAACAUGCCCACGUGGAGGGACAGGGCUAGGAAUGGGGUCUGACCCCCACGUCCCAGCUCUGCAAGCCUCACCUGAGCUGAGGGGGCUGAAGUCAGACCAAAGGAAGAACUCAGCAAUGUCUUGUUUAUUUGUGUUUGUGACCAAGCAGCCCUUCCUAAUUCCAGGUUUAUGGCCCUCAUUUUCACUUGUAUAUUUUUCACACUGUAAAUUUCUUGUACAAACCCAAAGAAAAAAAUUUAAAAAAAAAAAGUUUUUAAAAAAACAUGAUGGAUAAAGAACGA